AUGAAUUCAAACAAUGAGUCACUCAUUGGAUCAUCGUCAUAUGAGCAAUUUGACAUUUCGCAGUAUCGAAAAUUUCUGAGCAAAUUACAAAAUCGUGCAAACGAGCUAUGGGAGACAGGAUUGUGUCGUACUCCUACUUCAAAUACAGUCGAAUUGCUAGCAGAGCAUAUGAUAAUUAGGAAAUCCUUAUUGGAAAUCGAAAUGAUGCAAAAAAAAUUUACAGGCAGCUUAGAAAUAGAAAUUGAUUCAACAUAUUCGGAACGGCGUAAAGCAGCUCUAGCAGAUUUUAUGCAAUGGGCCAAUACGGUUGGAAUCUUUCACUGUUGCAUAAAAAUUGCAUAUGAUGAAGAUAUGGAUGGAUUUGGUUUGGUAACCUCAGAUUGCGUUGCAGCUGGAUCAGAUUUGUUAAGAGUGCCUCGAAAAGCAAUCUUUUCAUUGGAUCAGGCUCGAAGAUCAUCUUUCUUAAGGUAA